UCACAUGAGCCAUGAGCCAAUACGUUCUGCUGAUUCAGAGUCGCGAUGUGGACCAGCUGAGUGCUGCUUUUCCCUUUGUUUAUCGACACUUUGAAGAAAUUCUUGUCAGAUACAUGUCUUUUUUUCCCUAAAUCUGAAGCUAUGGCUCUUGUAUGGGGAUCGAACGUUAAAAGAAGAAGUGUGCUGGCGACUGCACUUUCGCUGCUGCUUCCCGCUGUCAUCGUCUGCUCUGUCACGAUAAAACCUCUGCUGUUCGAGGAGCAGCUACUGUGGGUGAGCGGGGUGGAGGGGGAGGUGGACACCUACAGGAUCCCUCUGACCACCUUCACCCCCAUGGGAAGUCUGCUGGUUUUUGCCGAGGGCAGGAAGUCCUCAUCAAGCGACGUGGGAGCGAAGUUCAUUGCGAUGCGGCGAUCCACUGACAAAGGAUCCACGUGGUCCCCGACCAGCUUCAUUGUCGAUGAUGGAUUUGCCCAGGACGGCCUGAAUCUGGGCUCGGUGGUGGUAGACCAGGAAGUGGGCUCGGUUAUUCUGAUCUACACUUCCUGCUUCCACCUAUACAAAUGCAAGCCUGCUAGUACGCUGAUGGUAGAAAGCAAGGAUGACGGCCUGAGCUGGAGUUCACCCAGAAACCUCUCAGUCCAGAUAGGGGUCAAAAAUUUUGCUCCUGGACCAGGGUCUGGCAUCCAGAAGCGCUAUGAGCCAAACCAGGGAAGGUUGGUGGUGUGCGGUCAUGGAACGUUGGAAGGGGAUGGUGUUUUCUGCAUCCUGAGUGAUGACCACGGACAUACAUGGUUCAAUGGUGCGGCGCUGAAAAGCAUCCCUUACAAUCAGAAGAAGAGGCCACUGGACUUUAAUCCUGAUGAGUGUCAGCCAUUUGAAAUGACCGACGGCAGCAUUGUCAUCAAUGUGCGAAACCAGAACAACUACCACUGCAGGUGUCGCGUGGUGGUGAGAAGCUGGGAUGGGGGGAUGUCCCUUCCCCUAGAUGACCUGUACUUCGACUACGAGCUUGUGGAUCCCGUGGUAGCAGCCGGGGCCUUUCAGAAAGGGGGGGUGCUCUUCUUCACCAACCCAUCCAACGCACAACAGAGAAUUAACCUUACCUUACGUUGGUCAGUGACUAAUGGUAACUCCUGGGAGAAAGAGGCUCUGCAGAUUUGGCCGGGCCCAAGUGGUUACUCAUGCAUUACGUCACUGGAUAGUGGAUCUGCGGACGACCAGAGACACAUCUUUGUCAUCUAUGAGAAGGGCCAAAAAGACUACUACGAGACCAUUUCGUUUGCCAAGAUCCACCUGUAUGGAGACCGAUAGAGCACAUGAGUCAGAGGUUUUGACCACUGGAGGAAAAACGGAAACACUUUCUCAGGAAGGAACAAAAGUGACUUUGUUUUUACUUAAGAAUGUAAAAAAAAAAAAAAAAAAAAGGGGAAAUGUGAACCUUUGCACCAUAAUGGCCACUAAUUGUUUUUCGUUAUCUUGCAUCCAUCUUUAAUUGAACAUGGACUGUCUUUAUUGAGACGGAACAAUUUUUUGAUGAAAAUAGAUUUUAAGAACUCUUUUGUCUACUUUAGUUUUUAUCUUACAGUAUGUAUGUACAGUGUGCUGUACUUGUUUUGUCUUUGCCUAUAUGUGUCUACAAAUGUCAUACAUUCAAUUCGAUUGAAAGAAUUUCUGUAGAAAAUGUAAAAUAAUGAUGCCCUUUGAUUAAUGUACUGUACUUUGGAAUCUUCUCUUGAGUUUCGAUGGUUUGCUCAAAACCAUGGCUAUACUGUAAUUUCAGAAGUGUCUACGCGUGGGUGAAUGGGAGGGCCGCCACUCCUACUUAUGAUGAAGUCAGUGUAUUUUUACAUCAUCUUGGCUCUUUUCGGAUUUGCGCCAGUACAUAUGGACUCCAUGCCAACACUUAUCUUUUCAAUAAUAACAACAAUAAAUUGCUGUUACCAAAACGUUUAUAUUUUUUUCCUGACUGUGUUUUGUAGUUUUCCCUGUUUGUUAUUUUAAGAAAUACUUAAAAGCAUCUAUGGCUUCAUGUAGUGGAAAGUUUUGAGUGUCAGUGUUUUGAUUACAUGUAUGUAUAAAGAGAAAACAUUUA